UUCCAUGCCAUCCUCCUAGGGGCCCCAUCCGCCGUCCUGACUCCAGCCCGGGAGCCCCGGCUCUUCUGCAGAAAGUUGGCUCCCUCCCCAGCAGCCGCCUUGGAUCCGUCGGCUUACUGCGAGACUCCGGUGUACAACCCGGAUCUCUGCCCCAACAUGAUCGCCGCCCAGGCCAAGCUGGUCUACCACCUGAACAAGUACUACAACGAGAAGUGCCAGGCCAGGAAGGCGGCCAUCGCCAAGACCAUCCGGGAGGUGUGCAAGGUGGUGUCGGACGUGCUGAAGGAGGUGGAGGUGCAGGAGCCCCGCUUCAUCAGCUCCCUCAAUGAGAUGGACAACCGCUACGAGGGCCUGGAGGUCAUCUCCCCCACCGAGUUCGAGGUGGUCCUCUACCUCAACCAGAUGGGGGUCUUCAACUUCGUGGAUGACGGCUCCCUGCCGGGCUGUGCGGUGCUGAAGCUGAGCGAUGGUCGGAAGAGGAGCAUGUCCCUGUGGGUGGAGUUCAUCACCGCCUCCGGCUACCUGUCCGCCAGGAAGAUCCGCUCCCGCUUCCAGACUCUGGUGGCCCAGGCCGUGGACAAGUGCAGCUACAGGGAUGUGGUCAAGAUGGUGGCCGACACCAGCGAGGUCAAGCUGAGGAUCCGGGACCGCUACGUGGUGCAGAUCACCCCGGCCUUCAAGUGUACUGGCAUCUGGCCCCGCAGCGCUGCCCACUGGCCCUUACCCCACAUCCCCUGGCCGGGCCCCAACCGGGUGGCCGAGGUCAAGGCGGAGGGCUUCAACCUGCUGUCCAAGGAGUGCCAUACCCUGGCCGGCAAGCAGAGCUCGGCAGAGAGUGACGCCUGGGUGCUGCAGUUCGCCGAGGCCGAGAACCGGCUGCAGCUGGGCGGCUGUAGGAAGAAAUGCCUGUCCUUGCUGAAAACCCUCCGGGACCGGCAUCUGGAACUGCCCGGCCAGCCCCUCAACAACUACACAUGAAGACUCUGGUCUCCUACGAGUGCGAGAAGCACCCCAGGGAGUCGGACUGGGACGAGGCGUGCCUAGGCGACAGGCUCAAUGGCAUCCUGCUCCAACUCAUCUCCUGCCUGCAGUGCCGGAGGUGCCCGCACUACUUCCUGCCCAACCUGGACCUCUUCCAGGGCAAACCCCACUCCUCCCUGGAGAACGCCGCCAAGCAGACCUGGAGGCUGGCCCGGGAGAUCCUCACCAACCCCAAGAGCCUGGAGAAGCUCUAA